AUGUUCGCCUCUUUGACAAAGUCUAUAACUCCCUUCCUCUCGUGUGAACUCUCCCUGGUAGAAAGCUUCCGGGGCCUUUACGUUAGUAGCGUUCUAGGUGCCGAGCCACUGAAAAAGAAGAAGCGUGUUGAUCCUCAGCAAGAAGCCAACAGAGUUCGACGGAAAGCCAAACGUAUCGAGAGAGAAAUUAAGCGCCUUGCCAAACAGGGUAGAAAACUUAAACCUGUUGAAGAAAUCGAAGGUGAUCGACAACUUUUGAAAGAGGAAAGAUCUCGACGACGGGAACCCGUGUCCCUUACGGAAGAAGAGAUUGACAGUCGUGCCAUAUUGAUGAAAGAAUGGACAAGAUAUCAAGCUCAAGUGGCAAGGGAAGAAAACCAGAAGUUACUGAAGGUUCAAGCUGCCCAACUGAGAGCUCUUCGUUGUUUAGCUGAGGUUUCUCCACGUCUUUACAAAGCUGCUAUCAGUCCUGUUCAAGUGGAAUCAAACGGGGAACCUCUACUACUUCAAGCAUCUGGACCUUAUGCCACACCCCCUCCCUGUGAUUCAAAGGCUUAUGAGGCCCCAGAUGGUGAACAAGUUGAUCACACUCCUACAUUCGAAUAUGAAUUUGAGCUGGAUCGCAAAUUUAUGGCAGAAGUGAAGAAAGCGAAAUUUGUAAAGAUCAUGGGCAAAACACAGAUUACUAAAUAA